UAUUAAUAACUGUAUAUGUUUUAUUGCAGUGAUUGGGUCUGACAUGGCUGGUUUAGAUAUUGUUGUAGAGGACCCAAAUCAGAUGAUCAUACAUUACAAUGGCUCAACAGAGCACAUAAGGGAGUCCACAGUUUCUCAAUAUCUCACAGAACACGGUCGUUUUACACGACAAUGGUUUCUACAAAAUGCAACUCCUGAUUUGAUAUCGGAUUGGAUGCUUGGUCAUGGAUAUGAGCCAGAAAGGCUUUUGCCAGAUUCAUCUUUUUUGUCUGAUUCCUAUGCAAAAGCUACAAAUAGUGGCCGGAAUUCAGUCACUUCGGAAUUAUUUCAAGAUUUGGUGAUUUGUCCCAAAAAGAAAUCAAGCGUUUCGAAUAAUAUGAGUAGAAAAGAACUGCAGAAGCAUCUUAAAAGCCUUAAAGAACCUGACCUCCUUAUGGAACUGAUCAGAGACAUUGCAAAUGAGUUGGACGUGGACACACUUUGCCACAAAAUUCUGGUUAAUGUUAGUAUCUUGACUAACAGUGACAGGGGGAGUCUCUUCCUUGCUAAAGGUCCUCGUGGGUCAAGAUACCUGGUAGCCAAACUUUUUGAUGUCACUCCAGAUUCAGUGUUGCAAGAUGCUUUGGAUGCUGCUGUCGAUGAAGAUGGCGAAUCGAAAAUCCCGCCCAUCCCUUUUGGCAUCGGCAUAGCUGGGCAUGUUGCACAAACUAAAGAGAAUGUUAAUAUCAAAGAUGCUUAUCAGGAUUCUCGCUUCAACAAAGAUAUAGACACACGAACAGGUUACCGCACGAUAAGCGUCAUGUGUCAACCCAUUCUUAAUUUCCAAGGGGACGUUAUUGGAGUUGCACAAUGUAUAAAUAAAGUCACAGGUGAUCAUCAAUUUACAGAUCAAGAUGAAGAGGUGUUUCGAAAAUACUUAACAUUUUGUGGGAUAGGAGUCCAGAAUGCUCAGCUAUUUGAAAUGUCUGUCAGAGAGUUCAAGAGAAAUCAGCUUCUUUUGAGCCUCGCAAAAUCUAUUUUUGAAGAAACUUCGUCUUUGGAUAGACUCAUCAACAAGAUCAUGGUUAAAGCAGAAGAACUCUUGCAGUGCGAGAAAUGCCGAGUAUAUCUAGUAGAUACUGAACACGAUGAUCAGAUUUUUCCACGAUUUGAUGGUGAAGAUAAAGUUAGCAACUUGCCUCCCAUUUUCAACCCUAAAAAAUUUUCAAAACCUCAGGACGUGAUUUUUACCACUAUAUUUGAACUCAGGAGAGAUGAACAAGAAAUUCGAAGGCCUAGCUUAAAAGAUUUAUCUGGUUCUGAGAUGGCUCAUGUUCAUUUUGCACGCCACGUUGUAGCUACAGAACAAACGUUUAAUUGGUCUGGUACCGAAGACGAAGUUCUAAAUCUACGAAGCACAAAUAUAUCUGCUAUUCCAUUUGAUUUCCCAAAGGAGAAGUUAAGAGGGCGAAUAUUAUCUAUUCCAAUAUUUAACAGUGAAAAUAAAGUUAUUGGAGUUGCACAGCUAGUAAACAAAUGCAAAGGAAAGGAUUUUACAGAAUGUGAUAUUAAUACAUUAGAGGCAUUUUCAAUAUUUUGUGGGCUAGGCAUUUAUAAUACACAGAUGUAUGAAAACGCCAACAAGCUUAUGGCGAAACAAAAAGUAGCUUUAGAAGUAUUAUCAUAUCAUGCUUCAUCAUCAUUAGAAGAAACAAGAAGGUUGAUGCAAACGCAGAUACCGAGUGGGGAGAAAUUUAAGCUGUACAAUUUUGACUUCAGUGAUUUUAAUUUAAGUGACGAAGACACGUGCCAAGCAGCGAUACGGAUGUUCUUAGACAUGGAUCUUAUUCAGAAAUUUCACAUUCCUUAUCAAACAGGAAAUAUGAAAGAAAUGAUGUCGGAUUUUGAAGUAAUGGCGUUAUUGGUUGCGUGUUUGUGUCAUGAUUUAGAUCAUAGAGGAACUAAUAACUCUUUUCAAACUAAAACAGAAUCUCCUUUAGCAAUUUUAUAUGGAACCUCUACAAUGGAACAUCAUCAUUUUGAUCAGAGUGUUAUGAUUUUAAAUAGCGAGGGAAAUAAUAUAUUUCAAUCUCUAUCACCAGAAGAAUACAGAAAUAUCAUAUCCAUUGUUGAGUCUGCAAUCUUAUCGACUGAUUUAGCUUUAUAUUUUAAGAAAAAGGAUUCUUUUCUAGAUCUGGUAAAAUCUGGAGAUACUGAUUGGAAAAAUUCCCGGAAUAGAGAUCUUUUAAGAGGUAUGCUGAUGACAGCAUGUGAUGUAUCUGCAAUUUGCAAGCCUUGGGAAGUACAGAAAAAAGUAGCCGAACUUGUUGCAGGAGAGUUUUUUGAACAAGGUGAUUUAGAGAAAGAAAGGCUUAAAGAACAGCCUAUAGCUAUGAUGGAUAGAGACAGAAAAGAUGAAUUGCCUGCCAUGCAAGUGGAUUUCAUAGAUUGCAUUUGCUUACCUGUUUAUGAAGUUUAAAUAAAAAAAUGGAUGCUAAUAAUCCUAUUAAUGGAGUAGGACCAAUUCCUCAGACAGGUGGAGCCUUUCAGACUUCAAAUAUGGAAGUAGUAAAAGUGGAAGACCGAUCCUUUCCGGAGAGGCGAAAGAAAAAAUUUCCACUUGAUCGCAUCCGACUUAAGCAUUCCAAAAAAGAGCAUAAGGAACAACACAGUCGAAAUGUUUGCACUGUCCUGUGAUCCCUCUGACACUUCACUACAUUUAACUUAUUUUGACUGCAUUUACUUAAUUUCAUAACGAGUUGAGCUCAAUUUCGUUUCGCUGCUGUUGUUGUUUCAUAGCACCGUACAAUCGCCAAAUGCCGUUCGUCUUUUGUAAUGUUUUGGGCAAUCAAAAACAAAUUCAUAAUUGGUGUAAAUGUCUGUAUGAUAAAAGUAAUGGUUGAUUGGGAAGAAUGACAUGUUACAUGUACAAAGUGAAUAUCCACCGAAAUUUUGUUCAGCAUAAAUGAAUGUUUCACUAUUUUUUCGAUCCACUUGCACUUUUGAAAUCAUGUAUGUAUUGAAAGCAUAAGUGGAUGAAGGAGAAGAGAAUUUUGUAAUAAUUAUCUGUUGAAAAAGUUUUUAGAGUUCUGUCUAUAUUGAAAACAGAAUCACUGAUAAUCAUUUAAAGUAUCAGUGACAUAUAAGGAUAUUUUAUGCGUAAUUAGUAAUUGAAAACUGAAAGUUCAAAAGAAAUAUUCAGGAAGGAGAAGAAAAAAAACUUUUAUAUUGUUUUCUACUAUUUCACUUCUUUCGGUUUCUUAGUCUACAUUUUGAACUGCUGAUACCUUAAUAAAUGUUGGUAAAAACAGGGGCACUGAUGCCUAGUUUGAGAUAUCUAUAGAUCUGUUUAUCAGUGACAAAUGAGAGCAGGGAUUGAGGUAUCAGUGAUAAUUGAGGGCUAAAAAUCAAAAACUUCGAAAGCCUAAAAGAGGAAAUUGUUCAGACAGGCAAAACAAAAUCUACACUUUACUUUUGUCUCUUGGUUUACACAUUAACUGAUGUUUAAAAUAUAUAACAUUAAUAUUUAGAAUUAUUUUUUAAUUUUUUUAAAUUUAUCAAACUUAUAAAUAUUUUGUGUUUUCAACUAGUGUGACAUAUUAAACACCAAAAGACUUUUAUUUCAACUAUCAUUUCAAUAUUUGCAACUUCAAGCGUUCUCCAGUUUGUAAACUUGGCACUUAAGGAUCGUUAUGUAAAAAAAAAAUGUUCCAAUUUAAUAGAUCUUUCAGCAUUUUACAUUUUUAGUCAUCAAUUAUUCACGAUAAUUCAUUUUUCAAAAUAAAAGAAUAAGUGCGCAUCUCCUUUAUCCACUUACUUUUUGUCAUAUUUUAAGGUUAAGAAUGAACACUGGAGAAAGUGAAAUAUUUUUAAAAAACAAAUAUAUGGAUGUUUUUUUUAGUUCAGUUUAUUUCGCACACGUGUUUGAAUUCAAUGCAUUAAAUGUAGGAAAUAUUUAGAAUUGUUCAUAAUAAUAUAAAUCGUUACUGGUUUUACUCGUAGCUCAUUAUUUAGAUUGAAAAGAUUACUUAAAACCCUAUCUGAAUCUACACUAAUCUAACUAUGCUCAAAACGUAAUUCAUUCUUAUCAAAGAUAUUUGAAAACUCAUUGUUUAAAUUGCAAAUUAAAUAAAGUUUCUUAAUCAAUAGAUAUUAUUGCAUUGGUUACAACUUUUAUUUAACUGUGAAUGGAGGCAGUUUUAUAACUCUUUUGUUUUUUCUUUCCCAAUAAAAAUCAUACAAAGCGUAUUUUUCUGUGAGGUGAUCAAUUUUUAUUCUUCUUCUUCACAUUUAAAGAUAUAAAAUAUGUUGUGAAUUCACCUUAAUUUUUUUUUCUUCAAUUCAUUUUAGCAUACUUUUAAUGAGUAAAAUUAUUUAUGACUCGAUUUGCUAUCUUCCUUAAACGUCAUUUAAAAUAAGUAUCAUUAAAAAAAAUAAUUUUUAUUAGAAAUGCGCUAUGAAUUCAACUUAAUUUACAUAUUUUGGUGAAUUUAUUUGAGUAUACUUUGAAUGCGCAAAAUUAUUUUUGGCUUAAUCUUAUUGUAAUAAUUUCUUGCUUCUUUAAACAUCAAUUUAAAUAAACUCCCUAACAAUAUGUAUUCAAUUUAAUUUACAUGUUUUAAUUUAUGUAUUUUAACAUGCUUUCAGAGCGCAAAAGCAGCUUUGUAGUUAUAUUUGCUUAAUUAACGUCAUUUAAGGUAAGCUUUCUCCAAACAUACAUUUUUAUCAAUUCUGGGAUUAACCAAAGUUUAUUUAUUGUAAGAAAAUGAGUUUCAGAUAAUAUAACUUAAAAUGUACAAACAAAAAGAGUUGAAGUCAAAAAUACUAACGUUAUGAUGUAUCCCUUUUUUUCGGGAAUGCCAAUAAGUACUGAAUACUGAAGAAUUUCUGAAAAGACACAAAUUUUCUCUUAAAUUGAUUUACUUAUUUUAAAAUCGUAAAUUUCUUACAUUUUAAUGGAAUAAAAAAAUUUUUGAAUUGAUUUUGAAAUUAUUUAUUAAUUGAAAGAUUUUACGUUUCAAACCGGAUUUACAACAAUUGUUUAAAUUAUGAGUAUUUUCUCUUUAUAAUAUGCGUAUAUUUACAUUGCAAGCAAUCUAAAACAAUAUAUGUUUAGUAAUCAUUGAAACUUUUAACCCUUUUUUUUUGUUAUUUAAACCAUUCCAUAUUAGCAUUUAUUUAUCGUUUUAGCAUUUUUUUAGUGACUUUUCUUGUUAUAACUUUUAUAUAUGUGUGCCAAAUUAUAAAUCUUUUUGUACUUAUUUCAUUAAAAUUUGCAAGGUUUGCUAAUCAUUAAUAUAUAUUAAGUUUUCAGUAAAAGUUUUUUCUUUUUCUAAAAGAAGAGAAUUAUUUUUUCAGUGUUGCAUUUUAACAGGUUAAUGAACUUUCUCCAAACUAGUCACGUCUUUCAAUAAGUUCACGCUAGCCUGUUCAUUGAACAUUGUACAUACACAUUUGAAAUGUAUUAUGUAUAGUUGUGUCUCUGUAUAGUUGUAUGAUAUUCAAAAAUAAAUUUUUGUUAUAAAAUU